AUGCCGUCCUACAGCCAGGAACCUGAAGACGCUCAGCGCGCCGCCAAGGCUCGUGGCUCGCACCUUCGCGUGCACUUUAAGCACUGCCGUGAGGUCAGCCAUGCCAUUAAGGGCAUGCCUUUCAACAAGGCUAAGAGCUUUUUGCAAGCUGUGCUCGAGUACAAGCAGGCUGUGCCCUUCACCAAGUUCACGGGCGGUUGCGGCCGUCACGCUCAGGGUAAGCUUCGUGGUGCCGCUGGUGACAAGUGCAAGUGGCCACAAAAGGCUACCAAGAUCAUUCUGGACCUGUUGAAGAAUGCUGAAGCCAAUGCCGAGGUCAAGGGUCUGGACACGGACUUGCUGUACAUCUCGCACGCUCAAGCCAAUGCCGCCAUUAAGCAGCGCCGCCGCACGUACCGUGCCCACGGUCGCAUUGGCCCUUACAUGUCCAACCCGGCCCACAUUGAGCUGAUCCUGACGGAGAAGCGCGCUAACGUUGCCAAGGCCGUCGAGGAAGUGAAACCUACCAAGGUGUCCCGCAAGCGUCAGGCCCAGCUACGUCUUAAAUCAGGCGGCGGUGUCCCGGCUAACUAA